CGCGCCGAGCUGCAGCCAUGGCGGUCGCCACUGAGGGCGCCCGCAGGAAGGAGCGCGUCCUCUGCCUGUUUGACGUGGACGGGACCCUCACGCCGGCUCGCCAGAGAGACACACACACAGUGUGAGCAGAGGAGGGGCAGAGAGAGAGGGAGACCAUCUGACGCAUGCUCCAGGCUCUGAGCUGUUAGCACAGAGCCUGAUGCAGGGCUUGAACCCACGAACUGUGAGAUCAUGACCUGCGCUGAAAUCGGUCGCUCAACCAUCUGAACCAUGCAGAAAAUUGACCCUGAGGUGGCUGCCUUCCUGCAGAAGCUGCGAACUAGGGUGCAGAUCGGUGUCGUGGGCGGCUCGGACUACUCUAAGAUUGCUGAGCAGCUGGGAGAGGGGGAUGAAGUCAUCGAGAAGUUUGAUUAUGUGUUUGCCGAGAAUGGGACAGUACAGUAUAAGCAUGGACGACUGCUCUCCAAGCAGACCAUCCAGAGCCACCUGGGGGAGGAGCUGCUGCAGGACUUGAUCAACUUCUGCCUCCGCUACAUGGCCCUGCUCAGGCUGCCCAAGAAGCGUGGAACCUUCAUCGAGUUCCGGAAUGGCAUGCUGAACAUCUCACCCAUCGGCCGGAGCUGUACCCUGGAGGAGCGAAUCGAGUUCUCCGAACUAGACAAGAAGGAAAAGAUACGGGAGAAGUUUGUGGAAGCCCUGAAAACAGAGUUUGCCGGAAAAGGGCUGAGGUUCUCCCGAGGAGGCAUGAUCAGCUUUGACGUCUUCCCUGAGGGCUGGGACAAGCGCUACUGCCUAGACAGUCUGGACCAAGACAGCUUUGACACCAUUCACUUCUUUGGGAACGAGACCAGUCCCGGUGGGAAUGACUUUGAGAUCUACGCUGACCCCCGGACCGUCGGCCACAGCGUGGUCUCUCCGCAGGAUACAGUACAGCGAUGCCGAGAGAUCUUUUUCCCAGAGACUGCCCAUGAGGCCUGACCAGGACCCACACCCGCUCUUAGGGACUUCCAGAGAGUUCUACCUGGGCCUAAAGAGGGCCCCUGGCCCUGGUGUUGAGGAAGUGGGGAGCCAGGGCCCCUCCUCCUCUGGGCUCAGGAUGCCUGCCUCCUAUACCCUGCUGCAAGGCCCACCUUAAUGGGGCCAGGGUCCACGAGGACCACCAUCCCCAUCCGGUCAGCUCCUGGUGGGACCAACUCCGUCCUUCACCCUGACAGCCCUGGCUACAGCUGCUGCCCGUCCUUGUGAACAGAACAGAUCUGCCUGCGCUGGGAGUAGGCACGUGCUAGUGUCAGACGAGAUAGAGCCAGCCCUGCUCGCCUGUGCCGGAGGGGUACAGAGCGCUAGGGAAGGUGCGUAUUUGCCAGAACUUUCUCUCACAAAUAUUAAAGUUCCUGGAACAAGG